AGUAGAUUGUAAACAUCAGAAUUCGUAAUUAGCAAAAUAAUGGAGAAAUUAUUCGUUUACUUUUUGUUUAUAUUCUUGGUCUAUUUCAAUAGAAUUUAAAUCGAAACUAUAGAGUCUAGAUUGCAAGGUGAAAUAACAUGAUAGUAUGAGCCAUUCGGUAAAAUAUCAUUUUACAGGAUAAGCUCCAUAUUUAAGUUUAUAUAUAGAGAGAAAUAAUAUAAUUGAAUCAGCAAUAAAAUAAUUAUAAAUAACUCAUAUUCCACUAAAGAAUCCUUUAAAAGUGCAAUUUAUAGGAGAAUAAGGUGUGGAUGAAGGAGGUCUAAAAAGAGAAUUUUUUAAAUUAAUAAUGGAAAAAUUGAUUUCACCAGAUUAUGGUAUGUUUAUUCCAAAAAAUAAUGGAAAAAUAUAUUGGUUUAAUCCGAAGUCUUUUGAAAUGGCGAUUUAUUACUCAUUAAUAGGAAAAUUGUUAGGAUUGGCACUUUAUAAUUAAGUUUUGCUUGAUGUGAGAUUCCCAACUGUUCUUUUCAAAAAGUUAUAGAAUGAAAAAAGUCACAGAAGAAGAUUUGAAAGAAUUAGAUAUGGAAAUUUAUACAGGAUUUUAAUAUUUAAGAGAACAAACUGAUAAUAAUUUAAUUUAGAGUCUUGCUUUAAAUUUUCAUGCAAUUUAUGUAAUAUGGGGAGAAGCAUACUUUGAUGAUUUGAAAGUAUAAGCAUUUCUCAUAUAUAAAGCCUAAUGAAUUUUAAAUUAUUGUUAGCAAAGAUAAUAGAGAAGAAUAUAUAUAAUUAUAUACUGAUUGGUACUUAAAUAAACUUGUUAAAAACUAGUUUGAUUUAUUAAAUUCAGGAUUUAAAUCAGUAGUUGAUGGGGAUGGAAUUAAAGUAAUUAUUAUUUUUUAAAUUAGUAAUUUUCAGGAGAGAAACUCUAAGCCCUAAUAAUAGGAUUGCCACAUUUUGAUUUAAAAGACUUAGAAUUAGUUACUAAAUAUGAUGGAUUUGAUGCUAAUUCUGAGUAUAUAAGGUUUAGAUUAAUAAUGAGAUUUAUAGAUAUUUCUGGAGUUGUAUACAUUCUUUGAGUAUGGGAUUGUAAAAAAGAUUUUUGUUUUUCUGUACAGGCACAGACAGAAUUCCUGUUGGAGGACUUAAAUCUAUUAAAUUUGUUAUUUAAAAACAUGGUGAAGGUAAAAUUUAAUAUUAAUAAUAGAUACUGAAUAAUUACCAUCUGCUCAUACUUGUUUCAAUGUUUUAUUAUUACCUCUUUAUAAGAAAAAAGAAAUAUUGAAAGUUAAAUUAAUGAUAUCUUUAGAUAAUGCAGAAGGCUUUGGAUUAAUGUGA